CUCUUCCCAUGAAACAAUUUCGGCAACUAUAACUGUAAAAAUAAAGGCGCGAUCAGUUCAAAUUCAAGUAAUCUGGAUAACACACGAUUCCAAUUCUAAUCCAUAUGAAUUGGGUCGAACAGGCUGA